AUGUUGCUUCGGUGUGUCGGCCUCGCGCUGCUGUUCGCCGGCCCGGCGGCUGCGUAUCAGCCUGCGUGCGAUGGCAGGCUGCCGCUCCUGCGCCGCGCUCCGCUGGUCGCGAGCAGCAGCGCGGUCGCUGCGCCUCAGAGCCGCGCUUCCGACCGGCAGCUCUACCUCCUCUUUGGCUCGCGGUUCGUGCAGUCCAUCAUGCGGCUAGCGAUGGGGCCGCUGGUGGUGUACGUGUGUGGCGACAUGGCGUGCGAUGCCUCCUCGCGCGGCCAGCUGCUCUCAUCCUACUCGCUCGGCUACCUCUCCUCGCAGAUCGCCGGCGGUGCUCUCGCCGACCGCAUCGGGCCGCGGCUGGUGAUCCUGUGCGCGUCGGCCCUGGGCGGGGCGUGCACCUUGGCUUCUGCGAGCGCGCGCUCGGUCCGCGCCCUCUGCCUCGCGCAGGUCCUGCUCGGGGUCUCCCAGGGCCCCCUCUACCCCACCUCGAUCGCCUACCUCGGCCCGGCGCUGCCUCCGAGCAAGCGCGCGCACGCGUCCACCGUCCUCGACCUCGGCAUCACCCUCGCCACCCUACUCGCCCUCCCCUUCUCUGGCGCCAUCGCCGCCGCGGUCGGCUGGCGCGCACGCACACUCCGCAUCCCGCCACCACCGCUACCCUCGCCUCCGCCGCCGCGCGGCGCCUUCCGCCUCUACGGCGUGCUCGGCCUCGCCUUCACCGCCCUCUGGGCGUCUCUCUCUCUCGACCUCCCGUCACACGACCCGCCGCCCACGCCCGCACCCGCCGCACCCGCCGCUCCCGCCGCUACUCCCGCCGCCACUCCCACCGCCGCCGCCGCAGCCGUCUCCUCCGCCGCCUCCGCCAUCGCCGCGGCGCGGGAGGCGCGCGUGGGCGGCGGGGUGGGCGGCGAGGGAGGGAGGGGCGGGCGCGGCGUGCCGCCGCUGCUGCUCGGGAGCCGGGGGGUGCGGCUGCUGCUGUCGUCGGGCGCCGUGUGGGUCAUCUUCUUCUCGCACAUGGCGUUCAACCUCUGCAUCUACUUCAUGACGAGCUGGGCGCCGACCUUCUACUCGGAGUCGUUUGGUCUGCUGCCCGAGAAGGCAGAGCUCGAGGGGCGGGACGAGCUGGCCAAGCUCGCCCUCGCCCUGCCGCCGCUGGUCGACCUCGCCGUCAAGGCGCUGCUCGCGCGGCCGCUCGAGGCUGCGCUGCGAGGCCCCGGAGUCGGGUUUGUGGGCUCGGCGCUCGCCAUGCUGGCGACGCCUGCCGCGGCGAGCCGCUUCGGCGCCGUCGGUGCCACUUGCUGCUUCUCGCUCGCCAACGGCUUCGCGGCGCUGCACCCGUCCGGUUUCAAGGCGAGCUACAUGGACGUCACCCGCUCGGCGACCGGCGUCGUCACCGGCGUCGGCAACACGCUCGCCUCGCUCGCAGCCUUCGUCGGCCCCGUGGUCGUCGGGCUCCUGCUGCAGCGGCUCGGCUCGUGGGCACCCUCCUUCUGCGCCAUCGCCACGCUCCAGCUCCUCGCCGCCCUCGCCUUCGCGCGCUUCUCGACCGCUACGCCGGUGGACGAGGAGAAGCCGUCCGCAGACCUUGCGCGGUGA